CCGGCCCCGCGUUUGUUUCUCCCCUCUUCUCUUCCCCGCCGAGAAGGCGGGCGAGAGAGAAAACCCCGCAGGAAAACCCACCAGGGCGGGGGUGAGGAGGCUGAUCCUGACGAUGUCGCCGACGACGAACGGCGCCAUCUCGCUCGGGCGGCUCGGCUACGCGCUGGCCAUGGGGGCGGGGGCCCUGCCGGACCAGCUGCUCCUCCCCUUCGACGACGGCUUCACGGACGAGGACCUCCUCGCCGCCGACGCCGCUCUCCUCGGCGGGGCUGCUGCUGACCAGACCCUACUCCUGCUGCCCUUGUGCCCUGGGGCGAGCGGCUGCGGUGGGAGUCCCUCCGCCGAGGGUCUCGGAGCCCAAGCGGCGCCGGCCUCGUCUGAGAUCACGACGGCCGUUCCCGCGGUCGGCGCAGGCUCCUUCUCGCUCGCGCGCCAGUCUGCACCUGCGCCCGCGCCGGCUUCGUGGGAGGUCACGACCGCCGUCGCCGCGGACGGCGGCGGCGGCUCCCCGGCGCCCGCACCCGCACCCGCACCCGCGCCCGCGCCCGCGCCGCCGUCCCCGGGGCUGCCACUGGUGCACAACACCUCCAACCGGACCUCCAUCUACCGUGGGGUGACCAGGCACAGGUGGACGGGGCGAUACGAGGCGCAUCUCUGGGACAACACGUGCAGGAAGGAGGGGCAGAAGCGCAGGGGGCGCCAAGUUUACUUGGGUGGCUAUGACAAAGAAGAUAAAGCUGCUAGGGCAUAUGAUAUUGCUGCUCUGAAGUAUUGGGGUUUUAAUGCUACUACCAAUUUCCCUAGAGAAAACUACAUCAGAGAGAUUGAGGAGAUGCAGAACAUGGCCAGGCAAGAUGUUGUAGCCUCACUGAGGAGGAAUAGUAGUGGCUUCUCUAGAGGUGCAUCAAUCUACAGAGGAGUAACAAGACACCACCAACAUGGACGCUGGCAGGCAAGAAUCGGCCGUGUUGCAGGCAACAAGGACCUGUAUCUUGGGACUUUCGCAACAGAAGAAGAGGCUGCAGAGGCGUACGACAUCGCGGCCCUGAAGUUCAGGGGCGAGAACGCCGUCACCAACUUCGAGCCCAGCCGGUACAACCUGCGAGAAAUCGCUCAACGUGAGAUCCCCAUCCUUAGUCCUGGAAGGCGGCUGAAUGAGAAGCCAGCUCCAGAGGCAGAAUGCCAGGCCGUUCUCAGCGCUCCUUCGUUCUCCCAGUCCCAGCAGUCGAGCAACAGCCUGCCGCCGUAUUUCCUCCCCAACCUCCAGCAGCCGCAUCCGCAGCCGCCCCAGCUCCCACUGGCCCAGCCUCUGCCGAUCUACAACUACGGCUCUGGGUUUGGGUUUGGGUAUGGGGAGCCCAGCUUCUACUGGCCCUAUGGCAGCGUGGAGCAGAAGGUGCAGCUCGACAGCAAGCUGGAGAUCGUGAACGGCCUCCUGCAGCUGGCUAAAUCUGCCGCGAACUGACAGCGUGCCGGUGUGGUGUCUGAAAUGCCUGUGUUUUUGCGUGGGAGCUGCGAGGAACUGAUGGGUUUGGAUGCGUGACUUGGAGGGUAUAUUGUGGAUCUGAUAGCCUAAAAAUAGGGUAUAACAUCGUGCUGUGCCGUUUGUUUCUGUGAUUCUGUCCUGUUUUGGUGUACAGAGACAUCCAGAAUUCCAGACUCCAGUUAAGUUAGAGUGGGUUUGGAUCCUUGAGCUAAAAUUUAGCUCUUGUCACAUUGAAUGUUUGGAUC